AUGAUCGAACAUUAUCGGUAUGGACGGAUUGAUGAUGAGGGUAAUUGGAGCGAAGAGAAGAAACAAAAGAAACAAUCAACAACUACAACUACAACUACAACUGCAACUUCAACUGCAACUCCAAAGCAAACUGAGGCGAAUGACGGAAAAUUUGAGAACCCUUACAGAAUAGUUACAACUCCCCCACCAACACAGCCGGAAAUUGGAAUCAAUGAUACUACCAGUCGUGCUCCUUCAGUUGAAGAUCCACACGGUAAUAUUCCUCCACCGGCAUUUCCAGCCGAUCCCGGUCCCUUCACAGAAGGCAUUCGAUUGCUACUAUUUAAGACCAUGCCGGAUUUGCAUCCAAUUGUUGUCAAUACCUUGAGCGCAUUUGACUGGACCUUUGCGGAGUAUGUAUUGAACAAUGCCAUGCAUCCGGGUGCAAUUAUACAAGCAAUGACAUCAGAUACCCUUAAAUGGGUCACGGAGCAUGUAGCCAACUUUCCUGAGAUUCUUGCAGGCUCGGAUGGGCAAACAGUGUACAACUUUUUUGGAAAAGUUCCAUAUCCGUGCCAAUUCUUCCAAAGUCUCGCAAAAUCUAUUCGAGAUCAAUUGGUAUUCAAAAACAACUGGCUUCAAUAUUGUGAGCCAAUUCCCGUAAAAACGACUGCGGUCCCUAUACAUACCACCCCUCAACCAUUAUUUAAUGAAGAAAUCAUAGGCAUUAUUCGCAAGAAGAUUCCAAAUUUUUCUCUGUUGCUGGAGAUUGUGCCAUUUGAAAAAUUUCAAUCCAACAAUCCAAAGGCAAUUGCAUUAUUCAAAUUGAUUCAGAAUAUUAGUGACGAGGAUGCCAAGAAGGCAAAUAAACUAUUUAAUCAAUUAACAGCAAAAAUGACCAGGCAGGAAGCUGCGGACAUUUUCCUUAAUGGAAUUCGUGAAUUUGCCGGUUCAUUAACGGUGAGGGACUCUUGGAGAAAAUCGCACUCUGCCACCUUGUCUUCACCGCCUUUAACCAAUGUGACUGGUCUCUCACAACCACCACUGUCACCACCAGUUAUAAGCUCGAUGUUGUCGAAAUUACGAUCGAAACAUCAAGGUGGCCACAGACUGUCACUCUUCAGCAAUGUUCGCUUUGAGAGCCGAGAAGACGAGAAGCCUUUGCAAUUCGGACAAGAUGUGUCAUCAAGUGACCAGUGGGUUCCACAAUCUAGUGCACCGGGCUGGAACAAUGAAUGCCCAAACUGUCCACGGCAACCUUACGUAUGGCCAAAAAAUUGUCCCAACUGCCCUCAACCAGAAUCUCAACCUGUACCGUUGCCACCUGAAUUCCAAGAUCCUUGUCGACAAAAUUUUCAUUGGAGAAGACACCCGCACGCCGUUCGUAUUCAGGAUACAAAUUGUGAACCAUACGGAUGUGGGUAUUAUUACGGUGCGUCGUACGGAUACAGUUGGUCCGCAUUGUAUACACAUUAUCCAGGUUAUGAUGACGACAUGAGAAUAUCAUCAGAAGUGAAACGAGAAAUUUUAGCGUCAAUGCCUAACAUUGCCUACUGCUCAGCAAACCAACUCUUCUUUGUCCACCCUUCAUUUGCACGCUAUAUUAUUGCAAGGCACUUGGAUACUGCUCGGUUAUUGUCCUACAUGGAUGAGCCAGUGCUGUACAAAAUGCUUGCUAUCAAUCCAGGCCUGACAGAAAGAAUUGCAACGUUCACCGCUGUACAAAUAACUUCCAUUUUUGCUCGGACAUUCAAUCAUUGCCAUUUUUUGGAUAAAUUCCCAAGUUACGCCCGAAAUGUUAUUACUCUCAAGGUGAAACAGCUUGAGGUGUGCAAUCCGAGAACAACAAUCACUGGCACAGCUACUGGGUCAUUAACAAAAGGUCGCAAUAAAUCUUUGUUUUCAAAUGAUGAAAUUACCGCAAUUGAAACCAAGAUCCCAAAAUUUAGAAAAUUGAUUCCUUUAAUACCAAUGGAAAAAGCAGAAAAAGUGAAGCUGAAAGCAAAAAAUAGUUUUAAUUCCUUAUUCAUCCUGUUGCCAGCACAUGUUAUAGAAAAAAUCAACUCAUUCCUUGAAUCAACGUCUAAUCUCGAAGCAACAAGUCCCGGCAUCAUUGCAGAAAAAGUAAUUGGCAAAUCGGAUGACUUUUACUCCAAUCUUGUUAGAAGAAUGUUUGUUUAA